AUGCCAGGCGAUGUUAUUUUUCAAACUUCUAGACCUCGAAGCGACGGCAUUGAGGAAAGUAAGUCGCCUGUCAGGAGAACAGAUGAAACGGCUGAAGCAAGUGUAAGUUUUCUUUGUUAA